ACGACCCGGGCAGGAGCUCAUCAACUGCACUAUUUUUUUUGAGAGAUUCAACUGCACUAUAAUAAUCAUACAGGUAUGAAGAUUAAUACUUGUAGCUAAUAUGGUAUCCUACAAUCCGACAAUCCGACAAUAAUUUUUGCUACUGUACUUCAUUUUUAUAUGUACUGCACUCUUGGACAAAAUUAACACUCGGCCUGGAGCAAGGUCUGAACUGAAGAGCGAAGAGGAUGGAGUUGGGGGUCAAAAGAAAGACAGCGCGGCGGAAGCAGGGAAGCUGCUCUCCUGUAAAGCUGUGCUGUCGCGGCAGGCACCAAAAAGCUUUUCCGCAUCGUCUCUGACCGAUGACAAAGAAUGUUGGUGGUUCCUUAGCCAUGAAUUAACCCCGUUCUUCUCUCCUCUCCUCUUCCCCUUUCCUUUAUUUCGAAAUCGAGAACAGGUCGGCGUGUCUUUCUUUUUCUCUAGAUCUCUAUGCCCCUUUUCCGAGCUUAAGUUAAGCAACAACUUGUGCCUACUUCGUCUCUCCUGGAGGCUGGAGAGGGUAAACUUAAAACGACUCUUCUAAGUACUGCCUCAUGUGCUAAUUAGCAUGCGGUUUGCACACGCCACUUGUCAUCAGUUCCCACAUAUGUGGUUCCAACUUGUAAUCAUCGAGCUUAGCUUUACAGAAAAGAUUAUCGCGGCAAUCUGCAUUGACAGUGACCAAAUGUAACUAACUUGCCACUUACUACGCCUCGUGAAAAAACAACAUCAAAUUUUCUACUACUAGCAACUUCUUUUUCUUUCCGUUUCCCCCUUUUUUCUCAUCUCCUUUUUCCAGUAUUGCUUAAUCAGGGCACAUUCGAGAUAACACCAAGCAGGAAGCAUCAGAAAGACCAAUAACCGAGGCUUUAUUUCCCCCUAAAGCAGACCCCGGACUAAUCGCAGGCAGCCACCUUGCCUUUACUCGAAGCAGCUCUGAAUUUUCAAUGGGGAGGAAAAGAAGAAACACAAUGGAGACCGGAGAGACGAUGACAGGCCGGGCCCAGCUCCACCCAUUUUUCAAAAAGCUUCUCCUUUUGCUCCCCCUCUUCUUUAUCUCGGGACCCCGCCAUUCGCGUUGUUGCCUUCUCCUUUUAACUCCAUUACUUCAUUCCCUUGCUCUCGUUCUUUGCUCUGCUUUUGCUUUCCCGUCCCAACGCCCAUACUCUCUUUGCUUGAUUGGCUGUUUGAUCCAUCUGAUAGCUUCUCUUCUUGGUGAUUUGAUCGUUGCUGUUGCUGCUAAAGCUGAGAUCAACCGUCAAUGGGUACUCCUUACCACCUCCAAUCUCCGAGAACCAUCCUCAACAAGAUCAUCAGCAUGAAGCAGCAGCAGCCGGAGGCGGCGCUGCUGCCUGGGCCGGGGCCGGGGCAGGCGGCCUCGCUGUCGUCGUCAAAGAUCAUCCUCAAGCCGCGGCACCGGACCACGCCGGCCAUGUGGUGCGCCGCCAUCGUCUGCUUCGCCUUCAGCGUGCUCCUGAUCAUCACCGGCAUGGUGAUCCUCAUCAUGUACCUCUCCCUGAAGCCGAGGACGCCGUCGUUCGACACCGCCAACGCCGCCCUCAGCAGCAUCGUCUGCAUCGGCGGGCCUCCGGGCCCGGGGCCGGCCUACUUCAACGGCGACAUGAUGCUGGUGGCCAACGUCUCCAACCCCAACCAGAAGAUCGACGUGGUGAUCCAGUCCGCUGCUGUGGAGCUCUUCUUCCGGAGCAGGCUGGUCGCAGCACAGGCGCUGCCGGCGUUCAGGCAGCGGCGUGGCCAGUUCACCGUCAUCAACAUCCACAUGGUGUCCAGCCAGGUGACGCUGCCCCCGGAGGUUGCCAUAGAGCUGGCGAACCAGAUGAAGAGCAACAAGGUCAUGUACACCAUCAGAGGCAGCUUCAAGGUCAGGGAGAAGUUCUGGUCUUGGCACUACACCUACUGGGUGACUGCCAUUUGUGAGCUGGAGCUCACUGCACCUCCCAAUGGAAUUCUUCUUGCUAGGACAUGCAGAACAUCAAAGUGAUUCCACAUCUGAAUCCUUUUUUGUCUCUGAUUUUAUUGUAUGAAAUUUCAGAGGUUUCUGUACCAUGGAAUUGGGUUAAGGCAAACCAAAGCAAACUGUAACUUAUUCAUGUGGUUUGAGGUUGCUGCUUUCCAAUUUCUUGUUUACUUAGCUCAGUUGCUGCUGGAGCCUGGAAGAUUCCUGCAACACAGUAGCAAAAGGUAUAUGUA